AUGCUAAUAUAUUGUCGUUUAUAUAAUUAUUGGAAAGACCGCAAUAUCUCGGGUCCGAAACCCAUAUUAUAUUUUGGCAAUUCUUUAAGUCUAUUACUGACAGCGAAGCCAUAUAUAGAGAUGCAGUGGUAUACCAGAUACGGCCGACUCUACGGUCUGUAUUAUAUGGGUAAACGGGUGUUAACAGUGGCGGACCCGGCGCUCGUCAAACAGAUUCUGGUGCAAGAAUUUGACAAAUUCCGAAACCGAACGCCAGAGUCGGGCGAACACGUGGUGGCAAACUAUCCGAAACACAUCAGCACCGCUCGGGACGGCCACUGGAAACGGCUGCGACUUGUCAUGAGUCCCACAUUCACACCGACCAAAUUGCGACGCCUGUACCCACUCGUCGAAGAGUGUUGCAACGAGUUUAUGGCGGCGUUGGCCGGACGGGUGUCGACUAGUAGUAGUAGUGGUCGACCGACGGAAGUGGACCUAAAACAAGUGAUGGCCGACUACUCGAUGGAUGUGAUCGCCAGCGCGGCGUUCGCCACCAAAAUUCAUCCCUAUUCCCAGCCGAACCACCCGUUUGUAGUUAACGCCAACCAAAUGUUUUUGACCAAUCGUUGCAAGGAAUUGGUGGCAAUGAUUUUGCCCGCAUGUGCGGCCAAUAGCCGGCUUUUUGGCGACGGCGCCGGUCAGUCGAGCCGCGCGUAUUUCAAUCAAGUCGUCGGACGGUUAAUAUCGGAGCGCAAAAAACCGGGCGAAAAACACAACGAUUUUUUGCAAUUAAUAAUGGAUGCGAAGCGAGAGGAGGGGGAGGGGGAGGAGGCGGGAGUGGACACUAGUGGCCAAAUUAGGACACCCGAUAAGGAGACCACCGUCGGCCGUCACCCGACUAAAGGCAAAGGUGUCUCCACCCAUGUCUUGGAUAAUAAAUUAUCGGACAAUGAGAUCGUCGGUCAGUGCAUCGCAUUCAUAAUAGGCGGCUAUAUGUCAGCCAUGGCUACGCUAUCGCACUGUACCUACGAAUUGGCAGUGAAUUCCGAUAUUCAGGACCGGUUGGUGGCGGAGAUCAGCGCCGCGUUUAACGAAAACACUUCAGUCAUAGACUACGACACGCUUUGCCUACGACUGCCACUCCUGGACGCCGUC